UAUUGUGACAAGUUAUAUUCAGAAACUACCAUUAGAAACAAAGAAGGGCGUUACAUUGUUUCACUCCCAUUUAAAGUUUUUCCAGUAGAAACUAAUUUUGGAGCAUCUCGCCAUAUUGCGUUCAAACAAUACUUGAGAAGUGAGAAAUCUCUCAAUAAACAACCUCUCGUUAAGGAAGAAUACCGAAAGGUCUUGAGGGAGUACAUAGACUUAGGUCAUAUGCAACGAAUUCCACACAAUAUAGCAGAAAAUCCGUACAAAAGUUACUAUCUUCCUCACCACGCCGUUUACAAACCUGAAAGUAAAACCUCUAAGCUUAGAGUCGUUUUCAAUGCUUCAUGUCCCACAUCCAAUGGUGUAAGUUUAAAUGACAUUUUGUACACCGGUCCAGCACUCCAAGCUGAUCUUACUAUUAUGAUCACCAAAUGGCGACUUUUUAGAUUUGUGUUCAAUGCUGAUAUUGAAAAAAUGUAUCGUCAAAUUUUGGUCAAUUCUAAGCAUACAUCUUAUCAAAGAAUCCUCUUUAAGGAUUCUUUGGACGGGGAGGUCAAUGAGUUUCAAUUAAACAGAGUCACUUUCGGGCUCAAUUGUGCUCCGUAUCUAGCAAUCCGUACACUGAUGGAACUAGCUGAAGAUUCAAAAUCAGCGUUCCCCUUAGCUGCGAAAAUAAUAAAAGCUAAUACGUACGUAGACGACGUCUUAUCUGGUGCUCAUGAAAUCUCCACUGCAAUUGAUUCAAGAGACCAGUUGAUUAAAUUAUUAGCCUCAGCCGGCUUCCCAUUAAGAAAGUGGACAUCGAACUGCAAGAAGAUUCUGAGGGGCAUACCUAACGAUCAUCUUUUGACCACAGAUUUUCUGGAAUUCGACAGCAGUAGCGAAGCCAAAACAUUGGGAAUUAGAUGGAACGCGAGAUCGGAUAACUUUUACUUUUCCACUAAGCCGCUGGACAACAAAGACUCUUUCACUAAAAGAGAAGUUUUGUCUAUGAUAGCUAAAUUGUUCGACCCAGCAGGAUGGUUAAGUCCAGUAAUCAUCGUUGCUAAAAUCUUAAUGCAGGACAUUUGGUUGGAAAAAACCGAUUGGGACGAAGCUUUGACUUCCAAAUCUCUCAAGCAGUGGAAGACAUUUUUAGAAAAUUACCCACACAUAAACAAUAUUAGGAUCCCGCGAUGGGUAUGUUAUACACCGAGCUGUCAAGUACAGUUCCAUGGAUUCUGCGAUGCCUCAGAAAAGGCGUACGGCGCAGCCAUCUAUUUACGCGUGCAGGUAAACGACCACGAGAUUAAAACGGGCUUGCUUUUAGCAAAAACAAAGGUCGCUCCUGUUAAAACCAUCUCAAUACCGAGAUUAGAACUAUCUGGUGCUCUUUUAUUAGCUAAAAUGGUUGAAUAUCUUCAACCCAAAUUGGACAUUGUACAUCAAGGGAUAUAUUUAUGGACUGACUCCACCAUUGUUCUCGCAUGGCUACGUAAGCCACCGUGUUCGUGGUCAACCUUCGUCGCGAAUCGAUUGUCAAAGAUUUGCGAGCAUACUCAAAUUGGAAACUGGAGGCAUGUCAACUCCGAAGAUAACCCCGCCGACCUGGCCAGCAGAGGAAUAUCUCCUCAAGAUUUACAACCAAACGAUCUUUGGUGGUGUGGUCCCAAGUGGUUAAAACAUCAACCAUCCGAGUGGCCAAACCAGAAUUAUGCAGUAGACGUUGAUACUACUCUCUCAAGAGCAUUCGUGUACAUCAUAGAUCAGUUAUUGAGACCGAAGAUGUUUUGGAACGUUUUUCCGAAUUUUCAAGAGCACUCCGCGUAA